UCAAACCAAACAUCGUCGUAAUGUCGGGAAAAUACUUGUUUCUAUUGUUUAUUUAUCUGCAUUCCUGAACAAAACACUGCAUCAUGACAAAAACUAUCUCUCAGUUUUAGCCGGUUAUCGAUCACAUUCGGCAGUCGCGCCCGAGAAUAAUAGUGAAAUGAAACUUGACGUAUCUCCAUCCAAAGUAUUUGUUGAAAUGUGAUUGUUGCUGUCGCUUUUGGCUUAGUGCCACGGGAUUAAUGGGUGUUUUAACUGAAAUAGGCGCGAUGAGGUGCGUGGUGGUAGUGCUGGUGGUGUGGUGGGGCUGUGCGGCGGGCUGCCCGUCGCUGUGCUCGUGCCGCGGGGCGGCGCGGGCGGACGGCGAGGCGCCGCCGACGCCCGGGGAGCCGCUGCGACUGCGCUGCGGCGGCCCGCCGGCGCUCAUCUCCGAGCUCAAGGAGGUCGACUUCACAGACGUCACUGGCUCCGUUGUCAGCUUGAACAUGUCGGGCAACGCCAUCAGCACUCUGUCGCGAGACCUGCACCUGCCUAAUCUACAGAAACUAGACCUGAGCCGCAACCAGAUCAGCCUGAUCGAGUCGGACGCGUUCUACAACAUGACGGGCGUGACGCGGCUGGACCUGUCGCACAACCAGAUCAGCUCCGUCAGCCGCGAGAUGUUCAAGGGGCUCGUCAACCUAGAGCGGCUCUACCUCAACCACAACCUGCUCACCACCCUCAAGUCCGAUACCUUCCACCAUCUCAUCGCCUUCAAGCAGCUAGACAUAACGGAGAACCCGCUGGUGUGCGACUGCGCGCUGGUGUGGGUGGGGUCGUGGGCGCGCGACACGGGCGCGCGGCUGGCGGGCGGCCCCUCGUGCGCGGCGCCCCCGGCCCUCGCCGGGCGGCCGGUGCGCAAGCUGCGCAUCUUCCUCGACCUGGCGGCGUGCGGCGCGCCCCCGCUCCCGCUCCCGCUCCCGCUCCUGCUCACCAGGCCCGACAGAGACCAGCUGGUGUUCGAGGGCGACGCGCUCGCGUUAACUUGUAGUGCGCCCUUCGCUUCGGCCCUGCAUAAGUACGAGCUGAGGUGGCAUCAUCCGUCGCUGGAGACCUGCGACGUCAACAUCACCAGUACGGACGUGCUGGAGGAGGGCGCCGCGGAGACGACCGCCUUCUUCUCGAACGUGACGACCCACCACGCCGGGGAGUGGACGUGCGUGUACGUCGACGACGCUCGGGGACGUCACGACGGGACUAUCAGAGUGACGGUGCUGUCGAACGCUACGCGGUACUGCGCCACCGACGUGAGCGUGGACAAUAAGGGCUUGUAUUCGUGGCCGCAAGUGUUGUUAAACCGUACGGCGGAGGUUCCGUGCCGCUCGGGCGCGGGUGUGGCGACUCGGGUCUGCGGGGCGGAGGGCGUGUGGUCGCCCGCGGACACGUCUCGGUGCGCGUACAUCAGUAACGUGACGAAGCUCCUGCAGCAGUUUGCGCUGUUAGACGUGGGGUUGGUGCAGUAUUCGGCGGUGAACGCGACGGAGCGCCUGGCGGCGCUGCUCCGCGAGAACACGUACCCGCUGGCGCUGGUGGACGACCCGGACGACGUGAUGUUGGUGGCGCGCGCCGUCGACAACUACAUGCGCUACGUCGACGACGAGCCCGACCUGGGUUCGGCGCUACUAGAUGUGAUCAGCGCCGUGAUGAACGUGACACCUUCCGUGAUGGCCGCCGCUGAGGACAAGCAUGGCGCUUGCACGGAGCUCGUGCGUGCCGCGGAACAACUGGCGCCGAGGCACAACAACAAGCAGAAGAGCAACCUGGCGGUAGAGAGCUUCCCCGUGCGCUUGGGGUUCGGCGGCGCGACGUGCGCGUGGUACAGCGCGGGGGCGGGGGCGGGGGCGGGCUCCACACCGCGCCUGCACUGCACCACCACCAACCGCACCGUCGCCAGGAUGCUCACCUUCCACGACGCGCUCAUCCACGCUAGCGUUCAGAUCCCCGCGUCGCUGCAGUUCGCGCUUGCGCGCGGCUCGGCGCCGUCGCUGGUGGUGUCCGUGUUCCUCGACGCGGCACUCUUCCCGCUCCUACCCGGGGACGAGCCCAGCGACGAACACAGGGCCAAGGACUACUACGGCCGCAGCACCAAGCGCCAGGACAUGAACAUGGAGAUCACCUCGCCCGUCGUGUCCGUGCAGCUGCGGAACGGAAGCUUAUCGACCUCUCUGAUCGAGCCGGUCAUCUUCACGUUGCGCGCGGCGGGCUGCGGGGCAGCCGCCAGGUGCGCCGUGUGGGACCCCUCCACCAAGAGAUGGCAGCACAACUCCACCGAGUGCUCGGUGCUGCACGUGUCGGGGUGCACUUGGGUGGUGUCGCUGCCGGCGCCGGGCGUGGUGGCGCUGCUGGCGCGCGCCGAGCGCGGGUACUACGGCGCGCGCACGCACGGCGCACGGUUCAAGGUGUCGCACCCCGCCGUGUACGUGGGCUCGCUCGUGCUCGAGGGCUGUCUGGCCGCCGUGGCCACCACCUACCUCGCCGCCUUCCCCGACCUGCUCAUGCCGCGCCGCGCCAAGCACGCGCUCCUCAACACCUGGCUCGCGCAGGGCGCGCUCUGCUUCCUCUACACGCUCGGCAUCUACCAGACCGAGGACGUCCGGCUCUGUCGCGCGCUCGGCCUGCUCAUCCACUACCUGUGUCUGUGCUGCCUGCUGUGGAUGUGCGUGUCGGCGCACGUGAUGUACAAGUGGGUGACGCGCCGCGACCGGCCGCCGCCGGACGAGCCGCCGGACGCGCCGCGCCGGAAGCCGGUGCUCGGCCUGUACCUGGCCGGCUGGGGCAUCGCGCUGAUCGUGUGCGGGAUAUCCGGCGCGGUCGACCUGAAGGACUACGCCGGGUACGCGCAGUGUUUCCUGAGCACGGCGGCCGCUCUGACCGCCCUGCUCGUCCCGGGAGGUAUCCUCCUCCUGUUCCUGAGCGCGCUGUUCCUGCUGAUCAGGUGUACCGUUCGGGACGUAAACGUUCAGUUGUCCGAGGGCACGCAGGCGACGGAGCACGUGGAUUUAGAGUCGUGGGACCCGCACCCGGAGGCGGAGCGAAGGAGUAUAAAGUCUGGGGCGGAAUCCGAGACGGAGGACGCGGAGCACGCUCCCAUAGUACAAUUACGCGCCCAGGCUAUAGUCCUCGGGCUGCAUUUGGCCGCCUGGGGUAGCGGAGCCGUCGCCGUAUACCGACCUUUACCCGCCUACCUUCCGUAUCAGGAAGACAUUUGCAGCAUAGUGUACGCCAUCUGUGCGACGGUGUUGGGCACCUUUACGUUGUUCUUCUACGGCAUCGCCCGGAGCGACGUGCGCGCGCAGUGGUCCACGAUGCACUGCUACUUGCGGAAGAGCAAACGGUGCUGCAGAAACCGGAGCGUGUUCGACUCCAAUCGGCAGAACUUGCCGCCGAGCGCGCCGCCCGUCCCUCUGACGAUCCCCAACGACAACCGGUCGAGAUCCGGCAGCAGGAGUUCCAACAGGACCGACUCCAAGACUAAUAACAGCGCCAUUUAUAGAGCGGGCGCCGAGCUCAACGGCCAGACUCUGCAGAGGGACGCGUUAAAAAACACGAACGGAAAAUCCCCAAACAUUAAUUUGGUCGUGCUGCAUCGGCAACAGUACCGCUCCGACAACUCGACGCUCGCGCGCCCCGACACGGCCGGCGUCGGCCCCGAGGCCUUCUACAACCCCAACCAGAUGAACGUCGCCAAGAAGUUCUUCAAGAAGCAGCGGCAGAACGUGAAGCGAAACUGCCUCUCGUUGCCGACGAGACGAGAUUUUGACAACGAUUCUCACGUCUCCCUCCCGCUACCCGCGAGGGAGGCCUACGGCGUCGCCGGCAUCAUCAACUCGGGCUCCAAAAUCAACAACACCAACAUACACGUCGAGCGACCGAACGGGAUAAAGGAGCCGCGGCGCGCCAACAACCCGAACCUGCUCGACGAGGAGGCCGACUACAAGAGCUACUCCACCGACCGCAAGUCGCGGGCCGACACCGACAAGGUCAUGAACAUCUACACGAACGUGCCCGAGACGCGCGUGCCCACGCACACGCACCACGCGGUCGGCAGGGAGCCGGACACGCGCACGCGCACGCGCACGGUCUCGCAACAGUGCAGCCUCGAGUACAGCUCGGCGAGCGAGCUGGCGCCGCACUCCGCCUCCGAGCACACGCUCGACACCUGCACGCCCACCGAGCUCACGGAGCCGCCCGAGCCCAGCGUCGCAGCCGACACCACCGACACCGACUCCUUCGGUCUCUACGUCGACUACCGCCGCGCCGACCCCGAGCCCGUCGACAAGGCCCUCCGCGACAUCUCCGAGGAGUGCACCGUGAACGGCACGCGCGACGAGGGCGAGUCGGACGACCGCCUCCCGCACCCCGAGGCCCCCAAGGAGUUCAAGACGUACGACUUCGAGACGUGCAGCACGAACGCGAGCUCGCACGGCGAGAACGAGAGCGACAUCUACUGCCCCAACUACCAGGUGUCGGAGGUGAGCAUCCGCAGCCACGGGCUGUACGCGCCCUCGCCCUCCUCCAUGUGCCCCGGCGCCGGCGACGUCAGCUUCAGCGCCGAGGACGUCUCCCGCGCCGAGAGCCAGUACGUCAACUUCGACCCCGGCUGGCGGAACGAGGGGGAGGGGGGAACUGAAGUGGAAGCCUCGAGCUGUCCGGAAGUGGGAAGGGAGAGCCCCGCUUCGUUCGUGAGCGAUUUAGACGAGUUGUACACGCAGAUAACGGCGAGGAGAGACGGCGUGGCGCCGGACGCGCUGGACGUGACGGCGCACAGCGACGUGACGCUGCGGCCGGACAGCGACUCCGUGUCGGUGAGCGACGCCGACUCCACCGCGCGCACCGGCACCGGCACCGGCACCGGCACGCUCAAGGGCACGCUGGUGUGAUGGCUCUCGACGUUCAAGGGACCGGUGUCACCGGUGGACGAGGUGGCCGGAGGCGACUCCGUGUCGGUGAGCGACGCCGACUCCACCGCGCGCACCGGCACCGGCACCGGCACCGGCACGCUCAAGGGCACGCUGGUGUGAUGGCUCUCGACGUUCAAGGGACCGGUGUCACCGGUGGACGAGGUGGCCGGAGGCGACUCCGUGUCGGUGAGCGACGCCGACUCCACCGCGCGCACCGGCACCGGCACCGGCACCGGCACCGGCACCGGCACGCUAAAGGGCACGCUGGUGUGAUGGCUCUCGACGUUCAAGGGACCGGUGUCACCGGUGGACGAGGUGGCCGGAGGCGACUCCGUGUCGGUGAGCGACGCCGACUCCACCGCGCGCACCGGCACCGGCACCGGCACCGGCACCGGCACCGGCACGCUAAAGGGCACGCUGGUGUGAUGGCUCUCGACGUUCAAGGGACCGGUGUCACCGGUGGACGAGGUGGCCGGAGGCGACUCCGUGUCGGUGAGCGACGCCGACUCCACCGCGCGCACCGGCACCGGCACCGGCACCGGCACCGGCACCGGCACGCUAAAGGGCACGCUGGUGUGAUGGCUCUCGACGUUCAAGGGACCGGUGUCACCGGUGGACGAGGUGGCCGGAGGCGACUCCGUGUCGGUGAGCGACGCCGACUCCACCGCGCGCACCGGCACCGGCACCGGCACGCUCAAGGGCACGCUGGUGUGAUGGCUCUCGACGUUCAAGGGACCGGUGUCACCGGUGGACGAGGUGGCCGGAGGUGACUCCGUGUCGGUGAGCGACGCCGACUCCACCGCGCGCACCGGCACCGGCACCGGCACGCUCAAGGGCACGCUGGUGUGAUGGCUCUCGACGUUCAAGGGACCGGUGUCACCGGUGGACGAGGUGGCCGGAGGCUGAUUUUGUAUCUGUCGCCCGCGGGCUUCUAAACUCUUAAAUCCUCAUUCGUUAUACCGUGGCACUAUUUUUAACGUAUGAGGAAUACGCACGAUAUCAUUGUCGAUGAACGACGAAUUCGCGUAUUUGACCCUGGAGAGUAGCCGAACGAAUAAUAGAUUUUCUUACCGACGCAAUGUUUUAAUUGUUCUAAUAAGUAAUUUUUGUAAUGUGCUAUUUUAUUUUAUUUGUCUAAAAGAGUAGGAAAUGUCGUAGGAAAUAUGACAAACGCGGACUGAAAAUAAAUUUUAUUUAAUCGACGAUUCGACCUUCAGGGCUGACUGACAUGAGUGACAUGAUACCAAUACCAGAUACCUACAGAAUUAUCGUGUCUACGAUCUACAUAAUACAUAUUAGAAAAUCUUGAUCAAACACUGAAAAUAUGACGGUGAGGUCGGGAGUGAUGAAUUAACUUAUCUACUAGUACGAGUAUGCAAAAAGAGCUAACUUAAAUAGUGCCAUUAAUGUAAGAUUGUAUAAUGUUAAGCUAAGUUGUACAUUUGUAAUUGUAAAUUAAUUUAUUGCUAAUAUUACUAGCGAGUGUCACGACAUGCAAUCCGUGAGUGAGGAACCCUGCACUUGUUUGUAUCCAAAAUAAAUUAAGUACCAACGAUAUUAGAGUAUAGAU